AUGUCUGUGAUUUUGCUCAAUUGCGACAAAAGUCGGGCGCGAUCUAACCCAGAGACGUCGCAGGUGGUGAGCGGCAGCCGCCAGUCCAACGCGUUCGUGGUGUGCGGGGCGAUCGUGGGCUGCUGCUGCGGCGCGGCGGGCGCGUGGACGGCGCUGCGGCGCUGGCGCCGGGGGGCGCGGGGCCGCCGCGUGCCGCACUCGCUGCCCAUCGCCAUCCCGCUCACCAAGUCGCAUGCGGACAUUGCCGACGACCGCCCCUCCUCCGGCACUCUGGCAACGGACAGCCUUUGCUCCCGCUACGAGCGCUACCCGCGGCCCACGGCCAACCCGCCGCCCAGUCCGGCCACGGCGGGCGGCGGCGGGUCGCUGAGCCUGUCCCGCCGCCGGCCGUACCGGCACUACCGCGCCAGCAACCGCCCGCCGCCGCCCACGCCCGCCUCCACAGACGCCUGCGAGUCCGAGCCCGAGCCCGGGGCGCCGCCGCCCUCGCCCGCGCCCGACGCCGACCCGGCGCUGCUGCCCUUCUGACUCCUAAAUACUAACCACGUGCCAUAACUUAACUGACCUGAUUUCCUAUUUUCAGCAAGCAACAUCAAACUUCACAAAUACGUAAACGUUGGAACAGGUGAAAUUCAUGCUGAUUGUUCUUGAACUAAUCUAUUAUCUCUUUACGUGCUAAAUCUGACGGUGACGAAAUCGUUAACGUCACAUCACGACUACCAUGGACCAAUGACUCUAGAGGACUGCUAAUCUCCAUGCCACAGAUCGUAACUCUGAAAAAGGUCUAAAUCCCGGCUUGUAUCUAGAUGGCGCCGAUAGCGUAGAAGUAGUUUAUGUUAUGUAAUUGACCGUGGAUAUCAAUUAAUUCCUUGAUUAACAUUUUUUUAUAUAUAAAAUCAAGUGACGGGACGAACAAGUCGUGCGCCUGAUGGUAAGCUACACGCCUGUCCAUA